CAACUUGCUAAGGGGACCAAGCAGAAUACAGGCCUCUACUCCCCACUACCGGUUCCUCAUGCACCUUGGCUCGACAUUAGUAUGGAUUUUGUACUUGGGCUGCCACCUACAAGAGAACGGUACGAUUCCAUCAUGGUUGUAGUGGAUCGCUUCUCUAAGAUGGCUCACUUUUUGCCAUGUCGAAAGACCUUUGAUGCCUAUCACAUUGCAAAGCUCUUCUUUAAAGAGGUUGUUCGACUGCAUGGGCUGCCAAGUACUAUUGUCUCUGAUCGUGACGUCAAGUUUAUGAGCUAUUCCUGGAAGACAUUGUGACUAAAAACUAACACAAAGCUACAGUUUUCAACUGCAUUCCAUCCACAAACUGACGGUCAGACAGAGGUUGUUAAUAGAAGUUUGGGGAACUUGUUGAGGUGCUUAGUCCGAGAUUAUGAGAAGACAUGGCCAGCAAUCCUUGACAUAGCUGAGUUUGCCUACAAUAGCUCUGUGAACAGGACAACGGGGCGCACACCAUUUGAGAUAUUACUUGGAAUUCAGCCGCAACGCCCAAUUGAUCUUGUUCCACUCCCACCCCAGACUCGAAUCAGCCUUGAAGCUGAUGAAUUCUUGCGCCACAUCACAGAGGUGCAUGCAAACGUGCGACGACGUAUUGCCUUAAGUAAUGAUGUCUACAAGACUACAGCUGAUCAUCAUCGUCGUUAUGUGGAGUUUAAACCAGGAGACAUGGUUACGGUUCGCAUAAAUCCUGAGAGGUUCCGAUCUGGUGUUAACACAAAGCUCCAUCCAAAUAAGAUGGGUCCUUAUAAGGUGCUGAAACGUAUAGGACCAAAUGCUUAUGUGCUCGAAUUACCUGAGGAAAUGACCAUAAGCGAUGUCUUCAAUGUAGCUGACCUACAUCUUUAUGUGGGACAUCAUUCAGAUGAUGGUGACCUGGAACAAAUGCUAAGGCUGCCCCAACUUACACCACCUCUUGAAGAUGUUAUUGAAGAGGUUUUGGAUGAUACUUACAAAACCACUCGUCAUGGCACCGGUUAUCACACUUUUCUUGUCAAAUGGAAGGGACGACCACGGACUGAUUGCACUUGGAUUCAUGCUGAUGACUUCAAGCGACUCGAUCCUGACUUAUAUGAGCGUUACAUGUCUUUCACCCAUUCGUCGGAGACGAAUGUUUUCAAGUCGGGAGGAGCUGAUGCAGAUCUGAAGACCUACAUCCGUAGGAAGAAGAAGGCCAACAAGAGUAACUAGCAUGUGGCCUUACCUUGUUGAUGCUUAUUAAUUUCAUACUUAGUUUUU